GCCGGGGGCGGGGUGUGGGAUUCGCUAGGUAUGGGCGCCGGUGCACGAGUGAGGGGCACUUACAGGCAGCACGCGGUGACCUCGUAUUACAACGACCCGCUGGAGCACGCAUGGCACCUGCAGAUCAUGCGAUUCAUUGUCGAGAGCGGCAUGCCGUUCAACUGUGUGAAGCUUGAGAGCUUCAAACGCAUGUUGACGUUGAUCAUCCCGCCUGGGGUUCCARGAGUCCCCACCCCAMAACCCCCAAYGUAUCACAUGAUCCGUACCACACUUUUGGAUGAGCUUGAUGUGGAAGUCCAAAAGUGUGUGAAACUUGUCCUCGCUACUGCAGCUACCUACGGUUGCACGAUAAUAACAGACGGUUGGACCAACAUUCGGGGCCAAACGUUGUGCAACUAUCUCGUCGGCACUACACGGGGCGCCACAUACGUCGUGACAGAUGUUAUGCGAGGAAAGAAGGAUGCCACUGCUCUGGCACAGGCUUGGCUGCGAAGGUUGAAGUCCCUUGACAUCAAGCUCGCCGASAUCACCGCUUUCGUCACAGACUCUGCCAGUUCGAACGUUUCUGCGAUGGAGGUGUUCCAGAAGGAUGAGAGUGUCAAGCACAUCUUCUGUAUUCCUUGUGUGGCACACGUCAUGGACCUCAUCCUUGAGGACAUCGGCRGCAUUGACUGGGUGGCGACCCGCAUUGCUCAGGCGCGUUUGGUCACAAAGUUUUUCAAGCGUCAUAGCCACGCUCGCGAAGUUUUGCAAGUUUUCACGACGAAGGCUCUGCUGCUUCCCGCCGAGAYUCGCUUCGGUACGCAUGUGAUUAUGAUGCGACGAAUUCUUCUGCUGCAAUCGCAUCUUAUGCAGGURGUCGUUGAUGAUCGAUGGAAGGACACUGUUUGGUCAACGAAGAAGAUUCGAGACGCCGCGGAGGUCACAGCAUGUGUCGGUUGUCCUCAAUGGUGGGAGGAUAUGAGAGCGCUGUGCAAGUUGUUGGAUCCCAUCAUGGACAUGCUGCAGAUGGUGGACAGCGACACGAGGCAGAUUGGCAAGAUUCUGCGUCGAUACGACGAGAUGAUCGCGCGUUGUUUGUCUGCAUGUGCCGCUUUGGAGAAGGACGAGCAGGACGCGCUGCUUGAAGUGUUUGACAGACGCCGCACCAUGUUCAAGUCGCCUGCUCAUGUUGCUGCCAUGAUGUUGGACCCCGAGUUUCCAGACCGCACGAUGCCAGAUGACGAGGAGAUGCAGCACGGUUUGAAACUCGCUCUGAUUCGGUUUGGGUACCCGGAACAUUUGGAUCAGCACACCGAGGUCCUCAGUGCCAUUGACAAGUUUUAUUCCAGGGAACCGCCGUUCGACGACGUGGCCAUGGACUGGGCGGCGAGGAGCUAUACCUAUCCAGCCUGUUUCUGGGAGUCGAAGGAGAAGAGGUUCCCGCACACGGCCUUCUUCGCUGGCAGGAUACUGCGUGUGUGGGCGACUGCGUCGCCUUGCGAGAGAGCUUGGUCCCGUUGGAGUUUCAUCCACUCCAAAUCUCGUAACAGAUUGCAGGUGGCGCGGGCCGAGAAGCUCGUGCGAUGCCAUUGGAACCUUCGGCUCCUCGACAGGCAGGCUAUGUCGGACGAUGCUCCCAGUGAUAGGCCACAUCCAUAUGGGAGCUGGGUGCACUACUGGCAGCAGGUGGAGGAGGAGGUGCCCACCGACCAGCAGCUUGUGGCAGACCGAGGAGCCCGUGUUCACCGCCCAUAUGCGUGGGAGAAUCUCUGAGGCUCCUUCCUAUUCGAGUGAGUGAUCACUGCAAAAAUGUCGAGAAAGCAUGCAAUGAUGGAGCAUAUCACCCACAUUGUCCCGAGAAAGA